CUCUCAUGACUUCUCUUCUCAAUUUCUCCCUCAAUCUUUGCCAACAUGUUAGGCUUCCCAAAAAACUAAAAAACCAAUUCUUGAUUUAACAGAUGCUUAGGAUUUAGUGGUCUCUUCACUUUCUCCUAUGAAAAUUUAAGAUUACUAUAUUUGUCUUCUCUUUAUCUUUACUUGUAUACAUGGGAAAAUCAUGAGUUUUUGCUCAAAAGCCACUUUAAUAAAAAUGUUUUUGAAUCAAUUUAUGUACACAAGAAUGACUUGGUUUUUAACUUCACUUUGGGGUUUCUUCUGUUGGUUUGUUUUCAAGAUUUACUUUUUCUUGGAGAACAGGAGGGUUGUUGAUGAAAAUGAUGAAAUGGACUGUAAAAAUCAGAAAAGAUUAGAUUUUGAUGAGAAGGGUGUGGAAAAAGAGAGUUCUUUUUUGGUUCAGAGUAAGUAUGAGUUUAUAUCUGGGAAAGAUUCUUUUGGUUUUAUGGAGAAACCAGAAGUUAAAAGUUUUUCAGUUGAAGAAAUGUUUGUGAAUGUUAAUGAAGGAGAUGAAGAAGAAAAAGAGAUUGAUAAGAAUUCUGAUGAUAAAUUGUUUUAUUUCUCUUUUUUCAAAAAUGGAAGUGUUUAUCAAGAAAAAUCAGAGUUUUUUGAUGAAAAAAAUGUAAAUGAUCAAGAAAAGUUGGAAUUUUUUGAUGAAAAGGGGGAGGAACAUGUUGAUAAUCAUUGUUUUGAAGAGAUUUUGAAGAAAAAUGAUGAAUUUUCUAGUGAUGAGGAAACACAGGAUUCAGAAGAUAUAUGUUAUGAAAUUCAAUUGCUUCCUGAGAAUGAGUCUUUAAUUCGAAAUUCGAUUCGAGGGUCUGAGGGUAUUGGAGAUGAAUUAUGUUCUGAUAGGCAUCUUCAUGGGUUCUUGAAGAGUGAUCAGUUUAUGGGAGGUGAUAGAGAAGAAAAUGAUGAUAUGGGGUUUAUUGAAUUGGAAACUUCUUUGCAUAGUUCAAGUUCUUCUAUUGGUAAAGGUGAUUUUGAUGCUAAAAAUAUUGAUGGAGUUGAAGUAGCAGAUGUGAAGUGUGAGGAAAUGAAGUUAAUGAAUGAUUUUCAAAAAUCUGUAGACCAUAAUUCGAGUCGAAAAUCAUGGGAUAUAAAUGUUUUUUCUUCUCAAAAUGUUGACAGAGUUGUGGAAACAGAUGUGAAUUGUGAGGAAAUGAAGUUAAUGGAAGAUAUUCAAGAAUCACCAGAUCAUAAUUCGAGUCGAAACUCAUUGGAUAUGGAUGGGUUUGCUUCUCAAAAUGUUGACAGAGUUGAAGGAACAACUGUGAACUAUGAGGAAAUGAAGUUAAUGGAUGAUAUUCAAGAAUCACCAGAUCAUAAUUCAAGUCGAAACUCAUUGGAUAUGGAUGGUUUUGCUUCUCAAAAUGUUGACAGAGUUGAAGGAACAAAUGUGAACUAUGAGGAAAUGAAGAUAAUGGAUGAUUUUCAAGAAUCUCCAAAUCAUAAUUCGAGUCGGAAAUCAUGGGAUACAGAUGGUUUUGCUUCUCAAAAUGUUGACAGAAUUGAGGAAACAGAUGUGAACUAUGAGGAAAUGGAUGAUUUUCAAGAUUCUCCAGAUCAUAAUUCGAGUCGAAAAUUAUGGGAUACUGAUUCAGAUUCGGAUGACGAUGAUGAUAUCUUAUUAGAACAUCAGAAUUUAGUCAGGCAGAUGAAAAUGGAAAUGAAAAAUUCAAGAAUUACAGGUCUGCCUACUAUAUCAGAAGAUUAUGAAUCUCCUAAGGUAGUAGAAGAUUUGAAGCCAUUGAAAAUUGAUGAAAAGAUUGGAUACAAAUAUUGUAUAGAAGAAAUUCAGAAAUUUUACAAGAGCUAUGCUGAAAAAAUGAGAAAAUUGGACAUCUUGAAUUACCAGACAUUGAAUGCUAUCAGUUUUCUUCAGCUUAAGGAUUCCGAAAUGUUUAUGUCAAGAAAAAAAACAUCGAUUUCAAUAACCAAAGCCUUUGCUUUACCAAGCUUCUUGGCAAACAAACAGAGGAAGAUCUUUGCUGAUCCUGCACAAAAAUCCAUUAGUGAAAUGAAUAUAGACUUGGAAAUUGUAUAUGUUGGACAAAUUUGCUUAUCAUGGGAAAUUCUCUAUUGGCAAUAUGGUAAAGCCAAGGACUUGCUUGAACAUGAUCCACACGAGUAUCACACAUAUAACCAAGUGGCCGGAGAAUAUCAGCAAUUUCAAGUACUUUUACAAAGAUUUGUCGAGGAUGAGCCAUUUCAAGGACCACGAGUCCAAAACUAUGUCAGGAAGAGGUGCAUUCUCCGUAGCUUUCUUCAAGUCCCGAGCAUAAGAGAUGAUCGUUUUAAGGGAAAGAAGGGCGAACGAGAAGAGGAAAAAGAUGUCAUUUCCAUUGUGAAAUUGGGCGAAGUUAUUAAGGAGACAAUGCAAGUUUUCUGGGAGUUUCUUUGUGCUGAUAAACGUGAAGCUAAUUUGGCCUUAAAGGGCGUUCAAAGAACUCAAAUGGACAAUGCAGAAAUCGAGCUUUUUAUGAAUGUUAAAUUAGACCUUCAAAAGAAGGAGAGGAAGUUGAAAGAUGUACAAAGAAGUGGCAAUUGCAUAGUGAAGAAGUUCCAAAAACAGCAAGAACGACGAUUGAGUCAUUCAUUAUUCGCGUCACUCGUGGAGCUAAAAUUGGUAUCAAGAGUGCUAAGUUUACCAAGAUUAAGGAGAGAUUAUUUGAUCUGGUGCCAGAGGAAACUAAGCAAUAUCAAUGUUGCAGGGAGGAAAGUUAGCAUGGAACAAUCUUUUUCACUUUUUCCAUGCUAAGGAUUAUUGAUUAGUAUAUGUUUAGUUUUUCAUAAUG